AUGAAAGCUCAAGUUCUUCUCGCUGUUCUACCCUUUGGUUAUAUAGCCCUGGCCGACCAAACCCAAAACUGGCAGGAAGUCUGCGAGGCCACCCCACCCAAAACACAAGAAACAAUUCAGGGUGUAACGUUCAAAUACACCUGCAAAGUGGCUUGCAACAAUUUCCAGCAAAUUCCGGGGCAAUAUGAUCAUCCAGAUGACUGUGCGGAACAAAUCUUGGCUUCCUCCGAACAGGCCAUCAUUUGGCGACGUGACUCGGCAGAGUGCUGGAGAUGCACAGCGCCUGGAACGACAGCGAACUCUUACGAUACUCUCGUGAUGGAAAAGGUGAACGGUAACAGUCCUUUUGAACCCAGUUGCGCUCAGCAGCUGGCUCAAUGCCAGACCCAGUUGAAUACAUGCCAAUCUCAAGCGGGUUCAGGUGGUGGUUCAGGUGGUGGUUCAGGUGGUGGCUCAGGUGGUGGCUCAGGUGGUAAUUCAGGUGGUUCAAGUACCACACCAUCAUGUGGCGCGACACAUACACAAGGUGGUUAUAACUGGGGAGUCACUUGCGGAAAGAUCCUUUCUGGUCCGAACCGGCGACAGGAAGACGGGAGCAGCCUUCAGGACUGUAUCGAUAAGUGCGCUGCCACACCGAGCACAUGCGAGAGAGUUGCCUACAGGAGCCACCUCCGCUUCAACCAGUGUCUGAUGUCCUCAGGGAGUCCCGUGAAAACAGUUUCCAACUCGAAUUGUAAGUCGGCUGAGAGGCAGUAG